GACAGGUCCCAUUCGCUUAUUCUAAUUUUGUCUUUUACCACGAGAACUCUCCAAUCGUUCAGAAGAUAUGGAAAAUGGCCAAGGCUCUGCUCCACCCCCAUAUCCGGGAGAAGGCCCAUCACAAAGUUGCCAAUGGAAAGUUCGAAACGCUAAGUACCGAUCGAAUUUCACGAACACCGGGGAGCCCUCUCGGGCUAACUUCCGAGAGCAACUUGAGUGUUUGAAAGAUUCAUUGAAUGGAUGUACCCGGGGCGUUGGAUGUCCUACCGAUAAUCUCCACAUUAUCGAAGUUCAGCAUAGUCAAGCGUUCGCCCCUGUGGAGCACUUUAUUGACGAGUAUCAAGCAUUUCUUCGCCAGAUCAAACCGUUGAACGAAGAGGACAUCUUAUUCUUACUCUUGAGUCGAUAUGCAACGACUUCUGGUGCUUCUGUUUAUACAGAGAUUCGACACAAGAAUGACGUUCACGUUUUCGACACUGAUGUGUCUGAGCCAUUGCAUACGGACUCGGUUGUAGAGCAUCUGAUGAACGGAUCUGGGGUGAUUCAUAGCGAGAUGUCUUUGCAAGAUCCUCAAAAUGCACCAGCGUCUCUAAAAAUGCCCCUACCAGCCGUGCCACUACAUGAUCACCAUGCCUCAACAACGCAGACAUCUCAUGGCGUGGAGUUUGCAGGAUCAAUAAACUUGAAUUUCCCAGCCAUACUCGCCAACGAUCGGCCACAUGAGGAUAUAAUGAGUCUCAGUUUGACCCCUCCGGUUUAUGACAGCCUGCCACACGCAAAUGCUUCAGGUCUUGAUCGGGCUAUUGAUUGGGGUCAAAUUCCCGAAAAGUUUCAGCCUCCAAUGUUCCAUGUGCAUAGAUGCCACCAUCGAGGUAUGGAACGAGUUGACGAGGAUAUUGAGUUGCCGUUUGGAUUCCCUGAACUUGUCCAACACUUUCACAACACCCCUACAAAUAUUUGGGAACUUUCCCAUCCCUACCAUGAAGAUUGCAGUGAAUAUCCUGGCUCUUGAAGGUAUUAUGUGUUGUAUAUUUUAGUAUAUGUUCAAAUUGCAUACU